UCCUUCUUCUUUUCCUACUUCCAUCCUCUCCCCGCCACUGGAAGUCCUCCCGUAUCUAAAUGGAAUUAGUGGAGACCGAAGCCCCUUGUGUAAGGAACAGACAUGACCCAUGGGCGCAGCUUCUUUCACAUUGUAGCAAGUCUAAUCAUCCUACAUUGGUCUGGGGCAACCAAAAAAGGAACAGAAAAGCAAACUACUUCCGAAGGACAGAGACCAGUGCAGUGUGGAACUUGGACAAAAUAUGCAGAAGGAGGCAUCUUCACUUCUCCAAAUUACCCCAACAAGUAUCCUCCGGACAGAGAGUGUGUCUACAUCAUAGAAGCUGCUCCUAGACAAUGCAUUGAACUACACUUUGACGAAAAAUAUUCCAUAGAGCCUUCUUGGGAAUGUAAAUUUGACCACAUUGAAGUACGAGAUGGACCUUUUGGCUUUUCCCCCAUGCUUGGACGUUUCUGUGGACAGCAAAAUCCACCUAUGAUAAAAUCCAGUGGCAGAUUCCUGUGGAUUAAAUUUUUUGCUGAUGCUGAACUGGAAUCUAUUGGGUUUUCUGCUCGGUAUAAUUUUACACCUGAUCCAGAUUUUAAGGACCUUGGCGUUUUGAAGCCAUUACCAGUUUGUGAGUUUGAGAUGGGAGGACCUGAAGGAAUUGUGGAAUCUGUACAAAUUGUUAAAGAAGGAAAAGCUUCUGAAACUGAAGCAGUAGACUGUAAAUGGUACAUCCGAGCACCACCCCGAUCCAAGAUCUAUUUGCGAUUCUUGGACUACGAGAUGCAGAAUUCCAACGAAUGCAAAAGGAAUUUUGUAGCAGUCUAUGACGGAAGCAGCUCUGUGGAGGAUCUGAAGGCAAAGUUUUGCAGCACAGUUGCUAAUGAUGUAAUGCUGAGGACAGGUCUGGGUGUGAUCCGCAUGUGGGCAGAUGAAGGCAGUCGAAACAGCCGAUUCCAGAUGCUCUUCACAUCUUUCCAAGAACCCCCUUGUGAAGCCAACACAUUCUUUUGCCACAGUAAUAUGUGUAUAAAUAAUACACUGGUCUGCAAUGGACUCCAGAACUGUGUGUAUCCCUGGGAUGAAAACCACUGCAAAGAAAAAAGAAAAGCAAACCUACUGGACCAACUUACCAAUACCAGUGGGACUAUAAUUGGGGUGACUUCUUGCAUUGUGAUCAUCCUCAUUGUUAUCUCUGUUAUAGUACAGAUCAAGCAGCCUCGUAAAAAAUUUGUCCAAAGGAAAACAGACUUUGAUCAAACAGUGUUCCAGGAGGUGUUUGAGCCUCCUCACUAUGAGUUAUGCACCCUUAGAGGGACAGGGACUACAGCUGACCUUGCUGACGUUGCAGAUGACUUUGAAAAUUAUCAUAAACUGCGGAGAUCCUCUUCAAAAUGCAUUCAUGACCAUCACUGUGGAUCACAAGUGUCUAGUAUUAAGGGCAGCCGUAGUAACCUCAGCACAAGAGAUGCUUCUGUCUUGACAGAAAUACAACCCCAGCCUGUAAAACCACUUGUUCAGCCCAUGAACAGGAGAAAUAUCCUUGUCAUGAAGCAUAGCUACUCACAAGAUGCUGCAGAUGCGUGUGAGAUAGACGAAAUUGAAGAGGUGCCAACCACAAGUCACAGGCUGUCCAGACAUGAUAAAGCUGUUCAGCGGUUCUGCCUCAUUGGGUCUCUAAGCAAACAUGAGUCUGAGUACAACACAACUAGGGUCUAAGAGAAAAACCUGAGACUGCUUGAGAAUAGUGCGCUCCUGGGUGAUUUUGAACAUGCUACAGUGAAAUGUGAAACUAUCGUCCUUGGAAACACCAGCUAGAGGUUUUAUGGACUCUGACCAGCUAUUCUCUUAUCAUGAAAAAAUUCAGCAGUGUUGAGUAAAAUUACUAGAAGGCAAUAAGACUUU